GUGUGUGUGUGUGUGUGACUGUGAAAUCACAUCCUUCAAUCAGAUUCACCAUUGUUUUGUUUCAAUCAAGAUUCGAUGUUAAAACUGAGUUUGCUCGGUUAGAUUUCUGAAACAUGGGCCAGAACUCGCCCAGUACAAACGACGGCGACAACUCCAAUGCCAACUCCGCCGGCACCGGCUUAUAUCCGAUCCGGGACCGGUUCCGGUUCAAGAGAAACCCUAAACCUACCUCUGUACAUGUAUCCAAAUCAUCUUCUGCAGCCAGCUUAUCGGAUCGGCGCCGAUCUCACAUCCACGGAAGCCGAUCCGUUCUCUCUCGGAAGCUGUUUUCAGUGAGAGGGACGUCGUUGUUUUACUUGUGUAUAUUGAUUGCCGUGUUUGCGUUUGCGCUAGCGUCGAUGGUGUUGCAGAGCUCGAUUGCUUCAAUGGUUUUCCGGCAGGGUAGCGGUGAGAGGAUUGGGAGGACUGUGCGUGAGGGCUUGAAGUUUGGGAGUUCGUUGAAGUUCGUUUCGUCGAGGACUGGCAGGGGUUUAAUUGAACGUGCAAGGAACCAGCCUCGAAUUGGAGUUCGAUCACCCAGGCUUGCAAUUAUCUUAGGAAACAUGAAGAGCGAUCCAGCGUCGUUGAUGCUCCUUACUGUGAUGAAAAAUUUACGUGGGUUGGGUUAUAUGCUUCAGAUAUAUGCGACAGAGGAUGGCAAAACAAAAUCACUUUGGGAGAAAAUUGUUGGCCAAGUCUCAAUUUUAAGUCCUGAAAAAUAUGGUCAUAUUGAUUGGUCAAUAUUUGAUGGCAUUGUUGUAGAUUCUCUAGAAGCAAAUGAUGCUGUUUCAAGCCUUAUGCAGGAGCCCUUUUGCUCUGUGCAACUUAUCUGGAUAGUUCAAGAAGAUACACUUGCAAAUCGCCUUCCUCUAUAUGAAGAAAUGGGAUGGGAACAUCUAAUUGCAUAUUGGAAGAAUGCUUUUAGAAGGGCUGAUGUGGUCGUGUUUCCGGAUUUUUCUUUCCCGAUGCUAUAUAGUGUGCUUGACACUGGAAACUUCUUUGUGAUUCCUGGAUCACCAAUAGAUGUGUGGGCAGCCGAAAGAUACCUAAAAGCCCACUCCAAAUCUCAAAUGAGGAUAAAAAAUGGUUUUGGCGAAGAUGAUAUGCUGAUUUUGGUUGUUGGAAGUUCUUUCUUCUACAAUGAACUGUCAUGGGAUUAUGCAGUGGCAAUGCAUAACUUAGGACCUCUGCUGAUCCAUUAUGCAAGGGAAGGAGACAUUGGGCCAUCAUUCAAAUUUGUAUUUGUAUGUGGGAACUCCAGUAGUGCGUAUAAUGAUGCGUUACAGGAUAUUGCUGGUCAUCUGGGUCUUCGUCGUGAUUCUGUUGGACACUAUGGUUUGGAUGGUGAUGUGGAUGAGAUGUUAUUGAUAGCUGAUAUUGUUCUUUAUGGUUCCUCUCAAGAUGAGCAAGGCUUUCCUUCAUUACUUACCAGAGCCAUGACAUUUGGCGUCCCUGUGAUUGCCCCUGAUUAUCCCAUCAUAAGAAAACAUGUUGUUGAUGGAGAACAUGGAAUUAUUUUUUCAAAAGAUAAGCCGGAUGAGUUGAUGAAAGCAUUCUUGCUUCUGGUAUCAAAAGGAAGACUAUCAGAUUUUGCCCAUACUAUUGCUUCCUCGGGGAGGAUGCUUGCUAAGAACAUGCAGGCAUCAGAAUGCAUUGCUGGUUAUGUGAAACUUCUCGACAAUGUCCUUACACUUCCAUCAGAUUCAAUGUUGCCAGGACCCGUUUCUCAACUAAAACAGGGAGAAUGGGAAUGGGAAUUGUUCUCGGAGGAAACAGACCACUGGUCCAGUGCCAUGACAAAUUUGGAUACGAAGGAAGCUACAAAAAAUCCUAGUGUCGUUUAUGAUAUUGAGGAACAUAUGAUGUUGCUACCAAAUUCAAGAACAACCUCUCAGAAUGAAUCUGAGAUCAUGGCAGAUGAUAUUCCAACUGAACUUGACUGGGAUGUUUUAAGUGAAAUAGAUAGUUCAGAAGAAGUUGAGAGAGUAGAAUUGGAAGAGAUCGAGGGGAGAACAGAUAAAAGUUAUGGUGUAUGGGAGGAAUUAUAUCGUGAUGCUAAAAAAGUCGAAAAGCUAAAAUUUGAAGCAAAUGAAAGGGAUGAAGGAGAGCUAGAGAGGACAGGCCAGCCUCUAUGCAUAUACGAGAUAUACAAUGGAGCCGGCGCUUGGCCCUUUCUGCACCAUGGUUCUUUGUAUCGUGGGUUAAGUCUAUCCACAAAAUCUCGAAGAUUGAGAUCAGAUGAUGUGGAUGCAGUUGGGAGGCUUUCCAUUUUGAAUGAGACUUACUACCGAGAUAUCCUUCUUGAGAUGGGGGGCAUGUUUUCUAUUGCAAAUAGGGUGGAUAAUGUUCACAAGCGACCUUGGAUUGGAUUUCAAUCGUGGCGCGCUGCUGCGAGGAAGGUAUCUUUAUCCUCCAAAGCUGAAAGGGUUCUAGAAGGAACAGUGCACCAGAAACAUAGAGGAGACGUAAUAUAUUUUUGGGCACGCGCAGACAUGGGUGGCAAACUUACAGGAAGCAACCAUGUUCUAACGUUUUGGUCUCUGUGUGAUGUCUUAAAUGCGGGAAAUUGCAGAACGGCCUUUCAGGAUGCUUUCCGUCGGAUGUAUUCGUUGCCAUCAUACGUGGAAGCCCUUCCACCGAUGCCUGAAGAUGGCGGGCACUGGUCUUCCCUGCACAGCUGGGUGAUGGCAACUCCUUCUUUCCUAGAAUUCAUGAUGUUUUCCAGGAUGUUUGCUGAUUCUCUCGACAGUUUGCACAUGAAUGCAAAUACAGCCACCGAAUGCUUGUUAGGAUCUUCCGUGAGUGAGAAGCAACAUUGCUAUUGUCGGAUAUUAGAACUGUUGGUGAACGUAUGGGCUUACCAUAGUGCUCGGACCAUGGUUUACAUCAAUCCAAGUUCAGGAUCACUGGAAGAACAACACCCUGUAGAAGAACGUAAAAGAUUCAUGUGGGCCAAGUAUUUCAAUGCGACUUUAUUGAAGAGCAUGGACGAAGAUUUAGCCGAGGCUGCAGAUGAUGGUGACCAUCCAUAUGAAACGUGGUUAUGGCCAAGAACCGGAGAAGUACAUUGGCAAGGUAUAUAUGAAAGAGAAAGGGAAGAAAGAUAUAGGAUAAAAAUGGACAAGAAGAGAAAACAAAAGGAGAAAAUACUGGAAAGGUUAAAGUUUGGAUACAAACAGAAGACACUUGCAGGAUAGUUUAAAAUUUUCGGUCGAAAUUCUAACUAUGAAACGAUUAACUCGAGUUGCUGGGUGUCCGUCCUGGUGAAUCGGAAUCAGUUUUGCGGAGAAUGGGGAUCGGCUUCUCGGCGAACGAUGGAGGGAUGGCCGACCGUUAUUCGAAUCGUCUGUGUCGUGGUUUUUACGGUAUAUACGGUACAAAGAGAAGGAAGAAAUAGAGAGUUACAAGUAUGGAGAUUAUGGGUGAGUAACAGACAGACAAACAGACAUUCUUUUUGUGGAAAUUAUUUUGGUUAUUUAGGUUAAAAGUUUUAAGUGUAUUCUUUUUCUUUUCCUCGAUGUAUAUACGCGCAACUGCAAUUUUUGGACC